CGCCGCGCGCCCCGGGGUCCUCGCUGCUCCUAUAAAGGCGGGCGCCGCGCCGCGCCUGAGUAGUGGCCUUGUCCUCCGCUGUCCUCUUGCUGUGCAGACGCCGCCCCACUCUCGUCAGCCUCCGCGGGCCGUCUCCCUAAGACCCAGCACGAUGCCUUCAAUUAAGUUGCAGAGCUCUGAUGGAGAGAUAUUUGAAGUUGAUGUGGAGAUUGCCAAACAAUCUGUGACUAUCAAGACCAUGUUGGAAGAUUUGGGAAUGGAUGAUGAAGGAGAUGAUGACCCAGUUCCUCUCCCAAAUGUCAAUGCAGCAAUUUUAAAAAAGGUCAUUCAGUGGUGCACUCACCACAAAGAUGACCCUCCUCCUCCUGAGGACGAUGAGAACAAAGAAAAGCGAACAGAUGAUAUCCCCGUUUGGGAUCAAGAAUUUCUGAAAGUUGAUCAAGGAACACUUUUUGAACUUAUUCUGGCUGCAAACUACUUAGACAUCAAAGGUUUGCUUGAUGUUACUUGCAAGACUGUUGCCAAUAUGAUCAAGGGGAAAACUCCUGAGGAAAUUCGCAAGACCUUCAAUAUCAAAAACGACUUUACUGAAGAAGAGGAAGCCCAGGUACGCAAAGAGAACCAGUGGUGUGAAGAGAAGUGAAAUGUUGUGCCUGACACUGUAACACUGUAAGGAUUGUUUCAAAUACUAGUUGCACUGCUCUGUUUAUAAUUGUUAAUAUUAGACAAACAGUAGACAAAUGCAGCAACAAAUCAGUUGUAUUAGCAGAACAUUGUCCUCAUUGCAUGUGUAGUUUGAGUACAAAUUCCAAGCCUAUGGCUGAGUUUCUUCUAGUACAAUCGAAAGUUUCUUUUUUCUUUGCUCUGAAUAAAACUGCUGUGGGUUCUCUAUAGAAAGUGGCAUUUUGGGCUUUCCCUCUUUUUUUGUUAAGCAGUGUCUGCCUAGUUUAUUGUCCAGUUAACUUUAGUGAUCUUUUAAAAGUUGGCAUUGUAAAUAAAACAACUUGCAAGAGUUUUCUGAAGUAGAAUUAACAAAAUAUCUUUAUUCAUGAGUUGGAAACUGGGAAAAGGAGUACUUGAAAUAAAUGAUCUGAGGAAUUUUUAGGAUGUUUUCCAGCCUCCUGGUAUUGAUUAGCCUAUACGUAGCAGGGCUCCUUUAAUUGCAUCGAGGGCUUGUUUUUGAUUUUUAAACCUCGUAGCUUUGACUAUAUUGCCUAGAGACUCAGUUACUACCCAGCUUAUGGUAUUUUAGGAGAGACAUAACUGGACUGUUUGUUAGCUUUUCAAUUAAAAAAGACACUUAACCCCUGUGGUAUGUCAUCUUUUUAUAAUCAGUGUUCCCAUGUGGGGAAAACUAUUCACACUACUUGCAUGUAAAAAAUAAUUUUACCUUUAACAUUAAAAUAUGUGACAAAUCUCACAAAACAUUCAUUAUGAAUGCAAGAUACUUUCAAUAAAAAGUAAGUUAUAGUAGGUA